AUGAGCUCCUACUCCUGGAAGCUCACUUAUUUUGGACCGUAUGAGAUCACAAGCCAGGUAUUCUACAGCACCCUACACUCCUAUUGCCUGGUCAAUAUCAAGCCCCUUCUCCCAGGUCACGUGCUUGUCGUCUCGAAUCGCAUUGUCCCACGGUUCACAGAUCUCAAUGCCAAUGAAGUCACCGAUCUUUACAUGACCGUCCAGAAGGUGCAAAGGAUGUUGGCGAAGGUCUACUUUAAGGAUCCGGAGUCGGAGAAGGGGGGGUUCGGGGGUAAGCUUGAGGAUGGAGCAUUCAACGUCGCUAUGCAGGAUGGCGUAUCAGCGGGUCAGACCGUACCGCAUGUUCAUGUCCACAUUAUCCCUAGACCGAAAGAUUCUCCUCAAAACGACCAGAUCUACGACAGAAUGGAGAGUGAGGAGGGUAAUGUUGGAGGUGCACUCUGGGAUAGGAGUCGUCCCGUGAAUCAGGGAAAGUUUGCGAAGCCUGAGGAGUCAGAGAGGAAGAAUAGAACGGAGGAAGAGAUGGUCAAAGAGGCUAAUUUCUUUCGAGAGCAAAUGGAAUUGGUAGACUAA